GCUCUUGACCACGCCUUCUAAUUAAUUUUGGGGAUUCAUAACAGUAUUCAUUACACACGUGUAAUAAUGUCGUCAAUAUCUUCAGGAGGUUCUGGAUCUGUCAGAGGAGAGAAAGUCGAGGAGAUAUGGCAGAAUGUACAAGAUACGCUCAGAGAACAACGCUAUCCAAGCCACGCCCACUUCCCUGUUGUCCAAUCAUUGAAGGAUUUAGUGAAUAAUUCCGUUCACAUUGAAACCAGUGGAGACCCACUAGUCACUGCUUGGACUGCUCAGCCUGGAGGUUCCAAAGACAUACAAAUUGGUUUUCAAAGUUUCAUUGAUUAUUUAUUACAUGAGACUGAUUCAUACAAGACAGAGCUCCUUAACUCUCUUGUGUACCCAUUAUUUGUACACUGCUAUGUCUCUCUAGUAUCAUCUAAUGAAACAGAAUCAGCUAAGAGGCUGUAUGCUGAUACUUCUCAUAGCAUUGAUUCUCAUUGUGUUUCAAAUGAUGAGCUGCAGCAGCUGCUGUCACUCACUUCAGCUGCUAGUUUGCAGUCAUCUCCACUAGUAGAGAAAUACAGAAGUGGAAAGUAUUUCGUUCGGCUCUCAGAGCUUGCCUUUACGAUGCUGAUGUCAUUUCUCCAAGCUCAUCCAACCACAGCUUUGCUCAACAUUAUACACAAGCACUUUAGCAUUGAAGUCUUUGGAUGUAAAGUUAGCCAACCAACCUCCGAACAGAAAAUGGAAGGAAAGAAAACUUCAAAUUUCAUAAAGCCAAAAAUUGAAGUCCUACCAGAGUCCGAUUUCAGUCUUUCUAGUUUCCCACGUCCUCCCAUUCCUCCUCCUCUUCCUCCCUUUGUCCCUACCUCAACUGGGGAGGAGGCACUAGCAGCGAAACAUGAUUUUCAGUCCAAACUAACGGGAGCAACACAACAGCUGGAACCGUCAAUACCCUCACUCUUACUCUGUAUCGUACAGGCUACUGAGAACACCUGGGUCCAGUGUGCUUCAUUAUCCAGUUGGUCUAAAGAGUAUGCUUGCGGAUUGGAUGACUCGUCCGUUGUUAUCUCGUCUUGGUUGCCGCGGUCCACUGAAUCAGAGAGUGUAUUGUCAUUGAAGGGCCACCAUGGUCCAGUGCAUGGGCUUAGCUAUUCCCCUAACGGCCAGUUCUUGUUGUCAUCAUCAGAGGACACUACUGUAAGACUAUGGAACACUUCUUCUCAUUCUCCUGUUGCUAUAUACGAAGGUCACUCCUACCCUGUAUGGGACGUCUCUUUUAGCUCGGUCGACGGGUAUUUCACAACUGCUAGCUAUGACAGGACAGCAAGACUCUGGAACACUGAUAGGGUUUAUCCUUUAAGAAUAUUCGCAGGACAUGAAGAUAGUACUGAUGUGGUUCACUUUCAUCCGAAUGGUAGCUACAUAGCAACUGGUUCUAAGGACCACACCAGUAGGCUAUGGGACAUUAAUACUGGGAAUUGUGUCCGCUUGUUUCCUGGCAGUAAAUCUCCAAUCACUGUUAUCGCCUUUUCUCCUUUUGGAAAACAAGUGGCUACUGCCACUAAUGGUGGUACUAUUACUCUGUGGGAUUUGGGCAUGUCAAGGAUUGAUUGGGAAGUGAAGGCUCACACACGAAGCGUGACAUCACUAGCUUAUAGCUGUGAUGGGACACUCCUGGCAUCAACCAGUGAAGACAAGACCAUCAAACUGUGGAACAUGAAAGCUGUUCUUGUCAAUACAGCAAAUUCUGGAUCCACUCAAGGUUUGAUCAGUACCCAGUCCACUGGUGACCUCCUUCCUCUUCAUGUUAAAUUCACUCACAGGAAUUCUCUCAUUGUCAUUGGUGUGUCACACAAUGGCACAGCCAGUGGAGGAGCUGGGACCCAGACUAAUGAUGGUGGAAACACUAACACUAAUAACAACAUUCUUUCUCCUCCUGAUAAUUUUUUCUGGAGAUCAAGCAAUCAUUAUUUUUACAACUAGCAAGCUAUAGCUUAGUGAAAGAAAGAACCCUGCACCUAUCCUUUAUUUGAGGGCUCAUUUUUUAAAAUUUUCCAUGUAUCAUGUUAACUGCUCUACAUAGCAUCUCUUUCUUUCUCUGUGACGUGAGUGUUCAGUAAAA